AACAGGAACGAAGAAAGACUGUUCCACAAGACGAAUAGCGAGCAAGCAUUCGGCUUUCGUUGGGCGGGGAACUCAAGAAGACCCGAGCCCGGUCCAGGGACAUUUCACGUGUCAUUCCAAUGACUCGAGUUUUCAACCCCUCGCACUGAAGGAGCCCAACCCGGUGGCGUUCCACUCAAACCAGGUUGGUUCCAUGUUAGAUAAGGAAAUGCAGUGGUAGAUUCUCGUGAAGCCAAAAGUGAUUCAUUCCAUGACUCUUCGGAAGAGAGAGGAGGGUCAGUGCAGUGAUUACUACCAAUUGUGUCGGAGCAUUCAUUGUGAUCAUGGAAAAACCGAAAUGGAUUCAAGUGGACAACCUGAAGCAGACGGAGGGACAGCCACCCAUGUCUCCAAUGUCACCCAGGAUGACGGAAUACGCACUUCAACAAUAUCAGGAGGAUGUGACCGAGGCUAUUAGCCGCGAGAAGGACAAUGUCCAGGAACCGAAUAAUUCUCGACUCAAACUGAAGAAGAGACGAAUAUUCGGCAGGACCUCACGGGAACCCGAUGACGACAUAUCCGAGAAAGAAGUGGAGAUCAAAUUGGAGAUCUCGAAGAAGGCUGGCCUCCUUAACAAGCCCGUCAAUUUCACGGAUGUUCCAGCCAGGAUUGAUCAAGCGAUCCUGCCCAAUCCCGGGAUCUGGGAUAAUUACAUCGACAAAAAUCCCGUUCACAGAAGUGUGCAAGUCUCCUCGGAGAUGUCAGAGCAUGAGAUCAACACGGAAAGAGCCGAGUAUUUGAGUCAAGGAAUGAAUCACGCAGAAGGUGGAUGGCCCAAAGACAUCAAUCCCAGCGAGAACGAUCAAACCAUGAGAUUCCGAAAGAAGGUGGAGAAAGAUGACGCUUACGUUACAUCGGUUUUGGGCCUUUGUACGUCCAUGGAGCAAUGCAUCAAACAGAACAAUGCACUGGAGAUCUACGAGGACUACUUCGAGAUCAUCGACGAAGCCACUCAAUGUCAGGUGCCCGAAGCCAAAACUGUCCAUGUUUUCCGGGAUCCAACUCCAUCGUAUCUUCGGCCAGUGUCCGACAUUUCUUGGUGUCCGGAUGGAGGCUCGCGAUUGGCCAUUGCCUAUUGCAAUUUGGAGUUCCAGGCCGCUCAUCCCGAUACUUUGCGAGAAUCUUACAUCUUCCACAUAGAGGACCCCACUGAGCCGGAAUUAACUUUGAACCUGCCCAGCUGCUUGGUAAGUGUGGAGUAUAAUCCCAAGGAUCCCAAUAUCUUAGCCGGUGGAUGCUAUAACGGACAGGUGGCAUGGUGGGAUUCUCGGAAGAAUGGAAAUCCCGUAGGCAUGAUAGCUUUGGAUCAAUCUCAUCUGGAUCCCGUGUAUAAAACGAUCUGGGUCAACGCCAAGAGUGGUGCAGAAUUCUUCACCGGAUCGACGGACGGAACUGUCAAAUGGUGGGAUAUCCGCAAAUUUAAGGAGCCCACCGAAGUUCUAGUGUUGGAUCCAGGGAAGGAUGGAAAGCCAAAGAGUGAGCGAGCCCAUGGAGCUUCAUGCCUGGAGUUUGAACCGUCCAUUCCGACCAAGUUUAUGGUGGGUACAGACCGAGGAUGUGUGUUUUCGUGCAACAAGAAGGCCAAAACAGAUUCAGAAAAGAUUUCAGCCACCUAUAACGCCCACUUCGGUCCAAUCUACGCCUUGGAACGAAAUCCUUGCUUUCCAAAGAACUUUCUCACCGUCGGGGAUUGGUGUGCCAGAAUAUGGUCGGAAGACAUCAAGGAAAGUUCAAUUAUGUGGACCAGCUCGUACACCGAAAACCUCACGGACGGAUGUUGGAGCCCCACAAGACCCUCGGUUUUCUUCACAACCCGCAUGGAUGGUUGCCUUGAUUGCUGGGAUAUUCUUUAUCAACAAAAGGCUCCUUUAUUAAGCAUUAAGGUAACCGACGACCCAUUGCACACUCUCUCCGUUCACGAAUCGGGAGUGCUCGUGGCAACUGGGUGUGAAGGUGGAAAUGUCAACCUUUUGGAACUCACCGACGGACUUGCAUCCGCUAAUCGCAACGACAAAGCUGCCGUGACAGCGAUGUUUGAACGCGAAACGCGCCGAGAGAAGAUUCUUGAAGCCAGGAAUAAGGAAUUAAGGCUCAAAGAGAAGACAAAAGGGAUCUUGGGACUGGGAGGAGGAGGCGGUGGUGGUGGAGGAGGCGGAGGAGGAAGUGGAACGAGCGGUGGAUCAGGAUCGUCAAGUGGACACGGAAAGCCUGGAGGAGGAGGAAGUGGUGCUUUCGGUAAAAUGGCUUUGUCGGCCUUGAAAGGCUCUAAACCUGAAGUGCCAGAGGAGAAAAAAGAAGAGGAGGAAGAUCCAAUUGCAAAGGCCGAACGAGAGUUCUUCGAAAUCAUCAACAAGGAAAAAGAGGCUCGCCUCGAACGGAGACGACAGAAAGAGCAAGAGCACACUUAAUUACUUGUUCGUAUCUACGAUUGGGAUUACAACAUGAAUAAAUUACUUCAAUGAC